AUGUAUCUUAAAUUUGACCAACCAGAGAUAAUACCACCCUACAACCGUACACACGGAAGCAACGGCAAGGUUAGUACCGCACUUCUUGUAGUCAUAAUAAGCCUACUGUCAGUGUUUGGUAUAAUUUUCGUUUCGGCGUUAAUUGUCUACCUUGUCCAUCGAUCAAAUAGGGCCACUGAAGAUGAUUUAAGAAGAGAAGAAGAAAACCAAGCAUACCUUGAACUAAAUAGUGAUGAGCAAGAAAUUUUUUUCCAAUCACGGGAAUUUCUCGAACUGAACCCUUAUUAUAUUGGCGAUUUAACCCUAAGUCAAAAUUUAUUAGUUCAAGAAAAGGGCAUAAAUGCAUUUGAAUUUGUCAAAGAUCAAAUGUUGACCAAUAAUGAUUUAUUGAUUGUGAAUAAGACUGAGUUGAAUUUUUUCAAAAAGUUUGAAUGUUCUACUGAGACUAAUUUGCCAAUACCCAUGAAGAAUGAAGUAUAUUACUAUGAAGCCAAGAUAUAUUCCUUACCAGAAACAGCAGCCGAAGAUGAAGAUACUUUAAUAUCAAUAGGAUUAGGAAUCAAGCCAUACCCUUGGUUUAGACUACCGGGCCGUCACCCCCAUUCGGUCAGUUACGAUUCCGAUGGCUAUAGAAGACACAAUCAACCGUUUCCCUUUACAUCCGAACCGCCAUUUCCCAAAUUAUCCGAAGGUGACGUUGUUGGAGUUGGAUAUCGAACUCGAUCAGGCACGAUUUUCUUCACCCGUAAUGGUAAAAAGGUUAGUGAAUCGAAAAUUGGUGGACAUAUAAAAAACUUUAAACUUCCUCGGAGUGGACAAAUUUUCCCCAUUAUUGGUGCUAAUAACAUUUGUUCGGUUCAUGUUAACUUAGGACAACGCGGGUUUGUUUUCAUUGAGGGUAAUGUCAAGAAUUGGCGGUAUGCUCCAUUGGAAGGAACUGGACCGGCACCCCCAGCUUAUAAUAAAUUCAAUGCUGAUAUCUUGUUGGAAAGAUCAGAAAUUGACGAGGAGGAAGAUGAUCGGUCAAAUGAUUUCCCGCCUGAUUUUUGGGCUACGGUUGAUAAGAAUAAACGAGAAGGUGGAGAUUUACGCCGAGAGGAGGAAUAUGAAGAAGAUGACGAUGACCAUUUUACUUAUGACGCUUAUUCGGAAGUUAAUUCUGAUGACGAACAAAUAACGUUAAAUAGUUUACCUCCGCCGUAUAUACAGGGGCAAGAGGAAUAA